AACGCGCAUUUGACACCAAAUCCUCUAGAUUACUGGACCCCGUGCCUCGCCAAGGGAAAGAAGAUUGUCUUACCAUACCAACGGUGUUUUUAUUCGCUAUAUAUACAUUCAAGUGACGUUGGGGGAUCGAAUAUAACGUUUCAUGGAAUAGAAUUCUUUGGAACGGUCGUUUCUGUAUCUUCUCUGUCUCUGCUCUUUGGUUGAGGAAAGAGCCCUGCCGCUUGCGUUGUCAGGCCAGUGUUGGUUGUUCUGAGGAACAACAGUAGCUUCCCGUGCUUACUUUGCACUGUGAAAGUCUAUUCUUUGGACGGAAAUACAAUGCCAGGAGACAUCAAAGUGAAUGUUGUUGGUGUAAGAAUCAACAAUAGGCCAUGAUGUCGGUGGAACUUCGUUUUGUUAUGGGAUAACUGGGAUAAUAACGGGUUGAUCAUCAAUCAUUUCAGUUGAACAGUAUUUGAAAUCAUUCUGAAUUGUCAUAAUACUGUAACAUAUUGAAUAUGCCACCUCAGAGUCUGCUUGACUCACAAGAACACCAAGGGACCUAAGUAAACACAACAGUUCAAGUCCUAUGCGGUAGAACGCACGGAUGAUCUUCGUGCUGCUGGAUAUUCAUUCCUUUGUCAACUGUCUAUCGGAAGAAGGCAGGCGUGAAAAUGGCAUCCUUUUUCAAUUUCCGUAAAAUCUUUAAAUUGGGUGCUGAGAAGAAGAAGAAACAGUAUGAGCAUGUCCACAGAGACGAGAACCCAGAGGAGAUAUGGGAGAUCAUUGGAGAACUGGGGGAUGGAGCCUUUGGGAAAGUCUAUAAGGCCCAGAACAAGCUAACAGGCAUUCUGGCUGCAGCUAAAGUGAUCGACACCAAGACGGAGGAGGAGCUGGAGGACUAUAUGGUAGAGAUCGAUAUCCUGGCCUCCUGCGACCAUCACAACAUAGUGAAGCUGCUAGACGCCUUCUACUAUGACGGCAAGCUAUGGAUCCUGAUAGAGUUCUGUGCGGGUGGAGCGGUGGAUGCCGUCAUGCUGGAGCUAGAGAGGCCCCUGACGGAGCCCCAGAUCCGGGUGGUGUGUAAGCAGACCCUCCAGGCCCUCCUCUACCUCCACGACAACAAGGUGAUCCACAGAGACCUGAAGGCUGGGAACAUCCUGCUAUCCCUGAACGGAGACGUCAAACUGGCUGAUUUUGGUGUUUCGGCCAAAAAUACCAAAACACUACAGAGGAGAGACUCUUUCAUCGGGACGCCAUACUGGAUGGCCCCGGAGGUGGUGAUGUGUGAGACGUUUAAGGACCGUCCGUAUGACUACAAGGCUGACAUCUGGUCCCUGGGGGUGACUCUGAUCGAGAUGGCCCAGAUUGAGCCUCCCAACCACGAGAUGAACCCAAUGAGAGUCCUGCUGAAAAUAGCCAAGGCCGAUCCACCUACCCUGAUGCAGCCGUCGCGCUGGUCUCCCGAGUUCAGUGAUUUCCUAAGAAAGUGUCUCGAUAAGAAUGUGGACAACAGAUGGAAUGUGGCACAACUUCUACAGCAUCCAUUUUUGAGUACUGUGACAGACAGCAGACCGUUGAGGGAGCUGAUCGCUGAAGCAAAGGCUGAGGUUUACGAGGAGAUUGAGGAUCACAAGGAGGAAGAAGAGGAGGAGGAUGGCGAGACACAACGGGGUCACAAACGUGCGCCGUCCGAUGCCAGUGUUGCCAGCACGGAGGAUGAGAAACUCCCUCAGUCUCCCUCAGCCUCCAUCCUGGAGUCUUUACCGGAGAAGGCUGAACCGGUUAUCCCGACACCACAGAUUGUUGAAAAGGUCCCUGAACCAAGCGUCGCCAAGCCAGAGGAAAACCUGGUUGUGGACACGGGCUCCGUCGAGGAGCCUGCUGUCCCUGCAGAAGUGGAGAAAAUGGAUGAGACCCUUGGUGUUCCAAUGAAUGGAGAGGCAACAGAAGCCAGUGAGAAACCAGUAGAGGUGACGGAAGAGGAGGAGAAGGUUCCAGAAAGAACAGAGGUUUCCCCAACAGAAGCCAGUGAGAAACCAGUAGAGGUGACGGAAGAGGAGGAGAAGGUUCCAGAAAGAACAAAGGUUUCCCCAACAGAAGCCAGUGAGAAACCAGUAGAGGUGAUGGAAGAGGAGGAGAAGGUUCCAGAAAGAACAGAGGUUUCCCCAACAGAGGCCAGUGAGAAACCAGUAGAGGUGACGGAAGAGGAGGAGAAGGUUCCAGAAAGAACAAAGGUUUCCCCAACAGAAGCCAGUGAGAAACCAGUAGAGGUGAUGGAAGAGGAGGAGAAGGUUCCAGAAAUAACAGAGGUUUCCCCAACAGAACCCAGUGAGAUGGCUUCUUCAGACCCAGCUGAGAAACCAGCAGAGCCCCAACCAGAAGGAACCGUUUCCAAUGCUGAAGUCACCAUAGGGGACAAGGAGAUGGAGCAACUGGCCAUAUCCAAUCAAGAUGAAAAGGAAGUGGACACAGCUGAGGUCCAGACGAAUGAGAUCACUGCAGAAGGGUCAGAGGCCAAGGAAGAGCCAACAGAAGGCAAGAUGGAAGUUGAGGAAGAACCAGCCAACGAGGAGCCUAGCAGGGAAGCAAAGGUUACCGUGACAACCCCAGAGGAGACUAAGGUGGACGACAAACUCACACCUGCAUCUUCAGCGGUCUGGACAAAGGAGGAAGGAGAUAAAGAGAGAGUGGAGUAUAAGCCAACUGCGGAGACAGGGACUCCAGUGAAGUCUAAGGAUGAGAAGGAGAGGGAUUCGGACUCUGGGAGUAGUUCUGCUGCAGAUAACGGCAGCAUAGACAUGAACCUGUCCAUCUCCAGCUUCCUGACCAAAACCAAGGAGCCAGGACCCCUCUCCAUACAGGACACCAAGCGCCAGAAGAAGACACUGAAGAAGACCCGUAGGUUCGUGGUGGAUGGAGUCGAGGUUAGCGUGACGACGUCGAAGAUCAUCACCGACAAUGACACCAAGAACGAGGAGAUGAGGUUCCUCAGGCGUCAGGAGCUGAGGGAGUUGCGUCUCCUGCAGAAAGAGGAACAGAGGGCCCAGCAGCAGCUCAGCAAUAAACUGCAGCAGCAGAAAGAGCAGAUAAGCCGCCGUUUCGAACAGGAGACGACCAGUAAGAAGCGCCACUACGACCAGGAAGUGGAGAACCUGGAGAGACAGCAGAAGCAGACCAUCGAGAGGCUGGAGCAGGAGCACACCAACCGGCUGAGGGACGAGGCCAAGCGCAUCAAGGCCGAGCAGGACAAGGAGCUGUCCAAGUUCCAGAACAUGCUCAAGAACCGCAAGAAAGAGUUCAAACAGGAAAUGCGACUCACGCCCAGGCACAGGAGAAACGCUAUCGUGAAACGGGGGAAAAAGGACAUAAUCACAACUCCACGUGAAGAGGGAGUGGCCCAGGGUAUGAUUCAAUCUUUUCAGUUGUCCUCCUGCACUCUCUUCAACGCCCCCAUGCAGGAUGAGCAGGAGUUCCUGCAGAAACAGCAGCAGGAGCUGGACUGUGCCCUGAAGAAGAUCAUCCAGCAACACAAACACGAGCUGGCCACCAUCGAGAGAGACUGUCUCAACCACAAACAACAGCUCCUCAGAGCACGGGAAGCAGCAAUGUGGGAGCUGGAAGAGCGUCACCUACAGGAGAAACACCAGUUGUUUAAACAACAGCUGAAAGACCAGUACUUCAUGCAGAGACACCAGCUGCUCAAGAGACACGAGAAGGAGAUGGAGCAGAUGCAGCGCUACAACCAGCGUCUGAUUGAGGAGAUGAAGAACAGGCAGACACAGGAGAGGGCCCGCUUACCCAAGAUCCAGCGCAGCGAGGCCAAGACACGCAUGGCCAUGUUCAAGAAGAGCCUCCGAAUCACUGGAGGCCCCAUCACACCCGAGCAGGAGAGGGAGAAGGUCAAACAGUUUGCAGCCCAGGAGGAGAAGAGGCAGAAGAAUGAGAGGCUCCACCAGCACCAGAAACAUGAGAACCAGAUGAGAGACCUGCAACUGCAGUGUGACGCCAACAUCCGGGAGCUGCAGCAGUUACAGAACGAGAAGUGCCACAUCCUGAUAGAGCACGAGACCCAGAAGCUGAAGGAGCUGGAUGAGGAGCACAGCCAGGAGCUGAAGGAGUGGAGGGAGAAACUACGACCCAGGAAGAAGGCUCUGGAGGAAGAGUUUGCCAGGAAGCUUCAGGAGCAGGAGAUCUUCUUUAAGAUGAGUGGAGAGUCAGAGUGCCUUAACCCCUCAGCCCAGAGCCGCAUCUCCAAGUUCUACCCCAUUCCCAGUGUCCACUCCACUGGCUUCUAGGGGUUAACCCAUUCAUGGCACUCUGGAUGGACAUGAACAUAUAUCCACACCCACAUAUUGAAGUGAAUGAAUAGAUACACACACACACACACACACAUACAAAUAGACUGGCACACACACACACACACACACACUAAUAAGACUGAGCCUCUGCUGCCUUGCCCCGUCUCCACUGAUGACAAUCAGGGGGACGAAGGGGCGAUAUCUCAGAGGGAUGUGUGUACCCCUCUAUCGGCUUCUGGACGAGGAUGGGACAGUAGCCCUCAAGCUACAGACUGUGUUAAUCAUGAAGACCCUUUUAAUGGUGAUCUGUUAUACAUAAUUUACCCCUUUUUCAUUGUAAAGGGUUGUGUUCAGUCGGGCACACCGUAGCAAGAGUUUGAAUUUGUGUUCUUAUUGUAGAAGUAGUACCUCCCCGUUUCACUCCAUUUCAAAUCAUUUUCCACUGACUGAAUAAAACCCAGUUUUAUUUCUUAUAGCUUUCUCUUUUGAAAUGAGUUAUGAAGGAGUUUCUUGACAUUAUGCAUUUUCAAAUUUGAUACUUUGGGCACUGUGUUCCUCAAAUCUUAGCCUCCCAAGUCACUAAAGUGUCUCAAGGCAGAUUCUAUUUUUUUUUUAUUGCUGAUUCCUUUUCAUUUGUUAAUCUUUUUUUUUUCUUCCUUGAAGAAUCUAGUGCCUGUAUACUUUUAUUUCAAUGGACUGGCUUUUCAAAUGUAAGCUUCCUCUGGAGAAAAACAAAUAUUGCUGCUCGAUUUUUAUCCCAUUAGUUAUUUGCACUAAAUCAGGGCUGCCCAACCCUCUUCCUGAUUCAGCUAGUUAGGGUCUUGUUGAGCAGCUAAUUAGUUGAAUCAGGUGUGUUAAAUUAGGGUUGGACUGAAAACCCACAGGACGGUAGAUCUCCAGGAAGAGGGUUGGACAGACCUGCACUAAAUAAAAAGGAUGAAGCAACAUUUUGUACCAGAAGUCUAAUAUAAUGAACUUAUAUAUUCAAUAUCUUUGGUGAUGUUUGAGAGAGCUUAUGAUCUGAUAAGAAUGUACUUUUGGUAAAGGACGAAAAGCACAUUUUUUAUAAUGAAUCUUGACAAAGGCAUGAUAUAUUUUAUAUGCAAUCACACAUAUCUUGACAAGAUAUUGAAUUUAGUUUCCAAUGGACUAGGAAGUGACUGCCUGAAGUUGUGCAUGAAUUUCAAUGCAAGUUUGGCUUCUUAUGUUAUAAUUAUGGUAUCAAAUGUUAUUUUUUGGAACUUUAUUAACAACAGUUUGGGAUUUAUAUUUUUCUGUCGGAAAUGGUUCCUUUCUUCUAGCCUGGAAUCCAAACUGAAUCACUACUUUCACUGUUGUUUUACUUGAACAUUUGUGAAACGAUUGAGAUUCCCAGGCUAGUAUCUUUCUUCAGGUUUCAUGAGCAUGCCUUUCAUCUUCAGCACAACUCUUGAGAUUUGUUUCUCUCUUUUUGUAAUUUGGUGUUGUCGGCGAGUGGACAUUUUGUUUUAGCAUACCAAGGAGGGGGUAUUUAAAAUGGUGUUUGUUUAUAUAUCCAGACAGAGACAAGGUUUUCACUGUGGUUACUCAAAUGGGGGCGUUAUAGAAAUCUCUGAGGACCUAUAUGACGGUCUGUUUUGUUAGAAUUUCAUGCAAAUAUUUGGUAUGUCUGUGUAUUGUUUAUGAAAUUGCCUCCCAGUACCAUAUUCAUCAGUUGACCUGCAUGGCUUUUGGGUUUGUUUGUAAAGAAACUAUGAUACUGUUUUAUUAUCAUUCAUACUAGCUAAUAGCCUUAAUGUUUUCAACAAAAUGUAUGAAGAUACGGUAUUCAUGUUGUGGCCCUCUGUGUAGUUAUUUUAAUCAGACUUAGUUCAAGUCCCGCCCCAAGUGAUCUUUAUAUCCGUAUAGCCUACUGUAUCAUAGUCAAAUGUUUUGUUCGUUACUUAUUUAAUCUAAGGAUAAUGAAUGUGACGUUAUCAUGAGUUGAACAGUUUUGAUAACAUUUUCAGAACUAUAGUUUUAGCUUAUUUUAUGAUAGAUAUGCAUGAUCUUCUCUAAAGUGGUGGUAGCCUAUAACCUUCAAUACAGUUGAAAAUCAUUUGUUUAAAAGGAACUGUUGGACCUGACUGGUUUAGGCCAUCAUGGCUUCUGAUUUGUCCAUUUGUUAUCUCACCCUUUUUUGAUUGGCUGCAGGAACAACAAUCAGUCGAUGCCAUUUUAUAAUUGGUCUGUAAUAGUGGCAAACAAAACAUCAUACACAAUGAAGGAGUGCUGUGCACCUUACACAAAAUGAAGAUACUCUGUGGAAAUGUAUCUUUACGCUACAGUAUUGUAGUUUCCUCAAUUGUCAAAUAGUUCUAAUCUGAAAUUUAAACUGAAUUGAAAAUAUAAUUAAAUACCAAUCAUGUCAAUAUGUGUUAUUAGUGUCAUGAUUUCCUUCUGAUUUUCAAAUUGUAUCAUGAUUGAUUUCAGAAUGUUGUUUGAAAUUGAACUACCGUUAAAAAAAUGUUUACUUUAUAGUUUAUAGAAUGACUAUGUACUGUAGAUUUACAUUGUUCUGUAAAUAAACAAUUUCCUGUAUACAA